AGUUUGUUCCCAAGAAAAAGAAUAAAAUCCUCUGGUGUUUGGAACUGGUAUGGGUUUGCUGCCACAGACGUGGAGGAAGAGACCCCACGCUGCAACAUUUGACAUGCGACAGUAGAUGCAGCUUUGUGGCAAAACACGGAAGUGUGAGAAGACUCGUUUCAACAAGACAUCGACCAUAGCGGGGCCAACCCUAGUCCUCAAGAGGCACAACCCUGCAUGUCUGCUCAUCCUUUCUGACCAGCUGUAAUUCCACAUCUUGUUUGACUGAACACACCUGGUAUUGGCUGUCAGCAUCAAGCAUUGAGGGAGAACUGGAAAAAAAACAGACAGGGUCAGGGAUGAGGCUCUUCAGGACUAGGGUUGGCCAGCCCUGUUAGGGGGAAGAUAGAUUUAUCUUAUUCUAGUAUUUUAUUUAAAUUAUUUAUCUCUGAUAAUGUGAUAAUAGUGCAUCUCAUAAACCAGCAAGAGGUACAAAAAAGAAAGAUAUUGAUGCAAUUAAUUGCAAAUGUUUCCUAAAAAGGUUUUGAAAAAACAUUAAAAAAUGAAAAAAAUACAUAAAUAAAAUGGGUUAUGUUGGAUAGGGGCUGGACACAGAAGCAGGACAGAAAUUGAAGUGAGAUGAAAAACAAAACAGUCUUUGUUAAGUCCCAGUAGUGGUGGAGGGUUCUAGCUUGAAAUGCAUGUGGCUUGGGUGGGUGAGAAGCUGUGAUGACUGAAGAUUUGGAGCCCUGAUUGGUGUCCCGUCGACAGUGGUGGAGAUGAAGCUGAAAGUAAUUCCUGGGUCAGCGUGCAGAUGAAAGCUUGGUGCUUGGCUUGAGAGCUUAGCAUGAAUCAGUUUACUCUACCGCUGGAAACAGACAGACUGAUGUUGGCUGAAAGGUGAGGUAGUCCUGAUAAAGGCUGUAGGCUGAUGAGCUGAUAUAGGGGAGCAGGUGGGCAGAUCAUCACCAGGUAGGUGUGGGAGUUUAGAAAUCUAAAAUGAAAAAAGUAUUCAGAGAACAGGAGUUUUAAUCAUUGUGCCUGUUCCAAAUAGGUUUUACAGUUAUGCACAUCGUCUGACACUAUUUGUGGAAACAUUUCACACUUUCUUUUGUUUUCCCAUCUAGUUAAAAAUAAUUAAAACCUGCUUUUUAUUUUUGUCUGACUUGGUUAAAUUGCUGCCAACAGGUCACAGAAAGCACCAACAUGUUUGUUCCUUCACAACACCAACAUUACAUUCAUUUGCUGUCAGUUUAGUAGAAAGCUGCACGUUUGAAAGAGACUGACAACAGGAACCUGACUGGGAGUUCACAAAAGUGCUGGUCACUGUGGAUGUCAUUGUUUGCACAGUCAUUGUCUCUCCAUCCCCUCUGCCCUGUGAAAGCUUUGAAUGUUUGCAGAUAAUUCUCACUCAGCGUCCAAGUGGCCACAGAUUUCAGGAUUAAGUUACAUCAUGAAAAUGUUUUCUUCCGUGUUGCAGUUGAGUAACAUUUUUUUAAAGUACUAGUCUUCAUGUUUUCUCUCUUUUCUAGGGUGAUCUAAGGACUCUCCUGGAGAAUGUUUUAUGGGUCAUAUUGUCAUUUAUGUUUGUGUGUUGGGUGAUAUUUUUCUUUUCUUUUUCAAAUAUUUAAAUUUGCAUGCUGUUCAAGUAUUUAAUAUAAGUCUUUUGUUUACUUGUAUUUCCUUUCUGUCUUAAAAACGUGUGUAUAUUGUUUAAAAGUUUCAUUCUAGACAGGAAGUGCCUAUAGUAAUAAUUAUUUGACUUAAGAUGUUUAAAGUGAAAUGCAUUGGUGUUAUAGAUUACUGAAAAAAAGCUAAGUUUACUCCUUAUAAAAACGAAUUAUUUGUAUGCACACCAAUUAAAAAUAAUAAAAAUAAAAACUUUGUUUGAAAUGGAUGUUUUUUUGUGAACUAGAACUAAUCAUUUGCUUUAAUAAAGAAGAAGUUAAAAGGUUUUUAAGGCGUAAGCUAAUAGGUGAGUGCGCCUUUGACGUAAAACCCCAUCUGUGCGUGACAUCGGGCCAAUGAGCGGCCUGCUGCUGUCGUGACGUCACAGUGGGCCGGCGUUUACUGUUACGACAGAAACAUCACAGGUUGACAGCAAAUUUCCUCCCACCAAAACUCAAGGAACCGGCAGAGAAACGGUUUACUAUAAAGGCAGGUGUCAUUCUCUCGCUUCCGGUCGCAGCAGUAAAGCUCAGGGCUUGACCGUCGUUAACGGCCGCUUUUCCCCCCUCUUCCUCCUCCAGGGAGAUGGAUCCACUGAAGAACAAGCAAAACUCUUCAUUCAGCACCCCUGUAUGUGUGCACAAUCCACAUCUGGAUUCUUUGAAAGAUGACAUCCUCUACCAUUUCAGCCUUGGAACCGAAACCCAUGAUCUACCAGCAAUGUUCGGGGACGUCAAGUUUGUGUGUGUUGGAGGCAGCCCCUGGAGGAUGAAAGCUUUCAUUGAGUAUAUUGCUGCUGAGCUUGAAAUGGAAGAUCCCAAAUCAGAGUAUCCAAACAUCUGCGCUGGAACGGAUCGUUAUGCUAUGUACAAAGUCGGACCUGUCCUUUCUGUCAGCCAUGGAAUGGGUAUCCCAUCUAUUGCCAUAAUGUUGCAUGAGCUCAUAAAGCUUCUCUAUCACGCUCAGUGCAAAGAUGUUACAAUUAUACGAAUUGGAACAUCAGGAGGAAUUGGGCUCGAGCCUGGCACGGUUGUUGUUACCAAACAGUCUGUGGAUGCCACUUUCCAGCCGAAAUUUGAGCAGGUGAUACUGGGGAAAACUGUGGUGCGCAACACAGAUUUGGACCAGAACCUGGCAGAGGAGCUGUUGCAGUGCAGCAAGGAACUGGACCAGUUUGAGACGGUGAUAGGAAACACCAUGUGUACACUGGACUUCUAUGAAGGGCAGGCCCGUUUGGAUGGUGCCUUCUGCUCCUACUCUGAAAAGGACAAGCAAGACUACCUCAUUAAAGCCAGAGAGGCAGGAGUCUGCAACAUUGAAAUGGAAUCAUCAGUUUUUUCUGCAAUGUGCAAGCUAAGUGGUCUUCGAGCGGCUGUUGUUUGCGUAACCUUACUGGAUCGACUGAAGGGGGACCAGCUGAUGAGCUCUCAUGAAGUUCUCAACAGUUUUCAAAAACGCCCUCAAAUACUGGUGGGAUGCUUCAUAAAGAAACAGCUAAUGGCCAAAGCGGUAACAAGCUGAGUCCAAUAGGACAGUAGUACGGUCUUAACCUCUAAACAGUUGAACAUGAACGACGUGGUAGCUGCAAGUUGCUUUUAGUAUAUUUCGUUAUGGAGAUUUGUCCAAUUUUAAAACUGAGUGUUGAAUUUUUGUACCAAUGCUUAUUUGCUGAUUUUUGUACCAUCACUGUUGGAGAACAAGUACGCACUUUGUUCAAUGUUUUCUUUCAUAUAGAUAUAUAUAUAUAUGCAGAGGAGAUGUGUAUUGAAUAUGUCUGAAGUAAGGCCUUCUUUUGUAUUUCGAAGGACUUCAUUACCUGAUGCUUAAACUUGAACUUGUCAUUCGCUUUAACAAAACCUUUACUUGCGCUGGUGAAAUACUAUGGUUCAGCUCUGCUGGAUGUAUGUCUGUUGAUGAAUCAUUUUUGUUGUCAUUGAGGUUGGUUAAUGUCAAAACCAAGACCGUGGAGAAAUAUUUCAUUCAAAGUCUAGUUUUACUAAGAUAAUGUUGUUGUUUUUACCAUUUCUUUGUUAAUUAUAUUUUGAAAAAUAAAAUAAUGUUAAGUGGUGUUAAAAAAAAACUAUUUAUAACAUCCAAGGCAUUUGACAUUGCUGUAAUCUGUUAAAAUGAUCUUAAACUGUAGUGUCCAAGCCCUUAUUUUUUAAAACCACUGUCAUCACUUGUCUUCUGUCCGGUCCUUGUAUCUCAUUAUCUUAUUUAUAAUGUAUUUUUUGUGCAUAUGUUCUUUAAGAGGACACAAACAUCCAGAAGUUAGUUCCUUUUUUGCUUGAUUUGUUGUCAGUGGUAAAUUCCUGAAUGAGCAAACAACAAAACUCUCUCUUAGAAUUGUGUGGUAAAGAAAAAUCAGGUGGAAGGAAAAAUGUAAAAGACAACAACCUGUAUGGAUGUUUGAAUAUUGCAAAUUACAAUAAAGUUUACCACAUUGAAGAUACAUA